AUGAACAACCAGGCGAGGGCCUCAGCCCCCCUUCCGGCCCGGACCUCCGCCUUGGUCCGGGCUCCGACACCGGCCCGGCCCUCGGUCCGGGUCCAGGCUCCGACACCGGCCAGGCCCUCGAUCCGGGUCCGGUCCCUGACACCGGCCAGGCCCUCGAUCCGGGUCCGGUCCAUGACUCCAGCCCCGGCCUUGACCCCGGUCCAGUCCCUGUCUCCGGCCAGGCCAUCGAUCCCGGUCCAGUUCCUGUCUCCAGCCAGGCCCUCGAACCCGGUCCAGUCCCUGACUCCGGCCAGGCCCUCGAUCCCGGUCCAGUUCCUGUCUCCGGCCAGGCCCUCGACCCCGGUCCGGCCCCUGACUCCGACCCCAGUCCGGCCCCCAACCCCGACCCCGGUCGGGACCCUGAUUCCACUCCAGGCCGUGCCCCGGGGCAGAACCCCGUCUGCGGUUCCGGCCUUAACGCCUAUCUCGUCUGAGAUCCUGGUCCCAGUCCUGGUCCCGCCCGCGGGCUCCGACCUGGAGUCCCUCCGGAGCUCCGCCCCACCUCUGGGCCCACCCCCAGAACCCGCUCCAGAGCCCGCUCCAGAGCCCGCUUUGUGGCCUGGUAAGGCUCCUACGCCGGGGCUGAGGUACGUCCCGGCGGCUGCCAGUGGAUCCGGAACCACACAAGAGCCCCUUCCUGAGCUCACUCCAUUGGCCACUGAUUUACUGGGGCCCAGUCUCGGGUCCACCCCGGGGGCAGACCCAGUGGCCACGAAGUUGACAGAUUCCACGGCUGGACCUAUCUCCACGCCCGUCCUGGGGGCCAUCCCCUUGGCCACUUCCUUACCUAUUUCUGCCAACACAUUUGCCUCCACCAGCCAGUACUUUCAAGUGGACAACAAGAUCCUAAUUAGAGUGAUCUACUGUGGCCUCUGAAGCUAUAACCUCCGGUACAUUCUACUGAAAAAGAGUCUGGAGCAGCAGUUCCCAAAUUGUCUGCUCUUUGAGGAGGACAUAUCUUCACAGGCUACCGGGGAGUUUGAAGUGUUUGUGGAUGGAAAAUUGGUUCAUUCAAAGAAGAAAGGUGAUGGCUUUGUGGAUGAGGCCAAGCUGAAGAAAAUUGUGAACAUUAUCAGUGAAGGGAUCAGGAAGAUGUAG